UAAUCGCAUCGUCGCCGAUUCCUCGUGGUUCCCGCCGUACUAUUAAAAACAAAAAAGUGUUUUCUUUCCGUUUGCUGUGUUAAACUGUUGAUUCAACUCCAAAGCAAGACAGCUCCGGUGAAGAAGAAGAAGAAGGAGAGCAGCAGAGAUGGCGACGAGGACGAAGGGGAGGCGGAUGGCGUACAUCACGGUGCCUUCGGCGAUCCUCCACUCCCUCUCCUCCGCCUCGCUCCUCCUCUCCCCGCCAAACAAGGCUUCUUCCCGCCCCGGCUGCCGCCGCCGCCUCCUCAGCCUCCCCCGCUGCCCGCUCCUACUCCUCCUUUUCUUCUUCCUCGUCGCUGCCCUUGGAACGUUUCGCGCAGGCCUCCAUCUCCACCCCAUCCUCCCCUGCCCCCACCUCCCCCGCCGCCGCCCCCUCUCCUCCUCGCCCUCCGCGGCGGCGCUCGCGGUGGACUCCAAAGUCGAUUUCUGGCGGCAGCCGGACGGGAUGGGGUACGUCCCCUGCCUCGACUUCAGCGAGGAGUACCGGGCGAAGGGCGAGGCGGCGGCGCGGUCAGGGCGACGGAAGAAGUAUCUCCUAGUCGUCGUCUCCGGCGGCCUUAACCAACAGCGCAACCAGAUCAUCGACGCCGUUGUAAUCGCUCGGAUCCUCGGCGCCUCCCUCGUCGUUCCGGUGCUCCAGGUCAACGUCAUCUGGAGCGACGAAAGUGAGUUUGGCGAUGUGUUUGAUCUGGAACAUUUCAAGAGAGUUCUUGCGGGCGACGUCAAGGUGGUGUCCUCGCUGCCGUCGACACACAUCAUGACCAGACCGGUGCAGGACAAGCAAAUGCCUCUUCAAACUUCCCCUGAUUGGAUUCGAUCGAGAUACAUGAAAAAACUAAACAGAGAAGGUGUUCUUCUGCUGAGAGGCUUGGAUUCCAGGCUCUCCAAGGACCUUCCAUCCGAUCUCCAAAAGCUUCGUUGCAAGGUCGCAUUUCAUGCUCUGAGAUUUGCAGCUCCAAUCCAAGAGCUGGGGAACGAAUUGGCGGCGAGGAUGAGAAGCCACGGCCCGUACCUGGCGCUUCACCUGCGCAUGGAGAAGGACGUGUGGGUGCGCACUGGAUGCCUCCCUGGCCUCAGCCCCGCCGCCGACGCCGCCAUCCAGAAAGAGAGAAAACUCCAUCCCAAGCUCCUCACCGGCCGCUCCAAUAUGACCUACAGCGAGCGUAAGCUCGCCGGCCUUUGCCCCUUGAACGCCGUCGAAGUCACCCGAUUGCUCAAGGCGCUGGAAGCCCCACGGGACGCGAGAAUCUACUGGGCCGGCGGCGAGCCGUUCGGCGGGCGAGAAGCCCUGCUCCCGCUCACCAGAGACUUCCCCAACUUGUUCAACAAGGUCGACCUGGCCUUGGUCGGCGAAUUGGAACCCUUCGCCAACAAGUCCUCCGUGCUCGCCGCCGUCGACUACAUGGUAUGCGAACAGAGCGACGUGUUCUUGCCGUCCCACGGCGGGAACAUGGGCCACCUCAUGCGCGGCCACCGCGCGUACGCCGGACACAGGAAGUACAUCACGCCCAACAAGCGGCAGAUGAUUCCCUACUUCAUGGACGCGGCGCUGCGGGAGGAGGAGUUCAACCGGAUCGUGAAGGAACUGCACCGCGGAUCGAUGGGACAGCCGGAGAUGAGAACGGACAAAGCCGACAAGGAUGUGACGGCUUACCCGGCGCCGGAGUGCAUGUGCAACGGCACGAGCACGAGGGCGAUACAGUGAAGAUUUUGGCAGAAUGAUUAUGCAUCACACAAAUUUUGAGACAAGGAUUUACUACUAAAUUUGUUCCUUCAUCUCUGUUCAUAAACCAUAUUCUUCUUCUUCCCUAGAAUUUGAUACAAAAUUGUAGGAUUGAGCAUUCCUGCUUCGAUACACUUUGAAUCUAUUGUUGAUUAAUUAA